ACCACACACACCAACCCCACCGAAGAUUCCGGGGGCUGGGUCUCGCGGAAAGGAGCAAGCGCUGCCCGUGGUGCUGAAUCGCGCAGCUCUUCCAAGCUUCACAGUUACGCGGUGCCUCCCGCCCUCUCUUGUCUCCCUGUCUCCUUCAAGCCGCCUGCCGCAAGCUCUCCGCGGGGGAAACCGAGAGAGGAAGGCUGCGUCUCGCUGCUUGCGACGCAACAACGAGAGCCCAGCCGCUCUUCCGUCCGUAAUCUGGCGUGUUCCAUCUCCGGGCGCUUCUCCCCUUACGUUGCCUUGAUUACGGGAGCAGACAACAAAACAAACGCACUGAAUCAGUUGGAGAGGAGGAGGAGGAGGAGGUAGAGCGGCGGCGGGGGUUCGACGAGGGAACCAAGAUGUCAGUGCACUGCUACAAAGCUACAGGGCGUCUAGGGCAACGCGGCAGAGCGAAUGGACUCCCGCGUUAGGAAAAGAAGGGCUUGGGUGGAUGUGGGUUUGGGGGAUCGUGUGUCUUAAGAAGCUCCAGAUCGAAAUCGACCAAGGGCAGCUUUUCUCUUUCCCCGCCCCUCCUCUGGAACAAGCAAGCCGAUCAGCUGUGACUAGGAUUCUUGCAAAAUAAUAAUAAUUAUUAUCAUUAUUGUUAUAAAGGUACCCUCUAUACCUCCCCCAAGCUUCCCAGUCUUUGGAAGCAAGUUUACUGGCGGCUGAGAAGCUGAAGAUUGCAAGGGGCUAAUUUUUUUAAAAAAAAUCUUAAUAUUUUUAUUUUGAUUUCUCAACCGUUUUUGCUCCUUGGAUGUAGCUCCCUCAAAGGGCUGAUAGAAGUAGAAUACAUACAAAGCCACCCCUCUGGUAUCUCUGAGUGGUUUCGAGCUGGGAAGGCUCAGUGGACUGGUCCAGAUGGCCAGACACAAGGAGGGGAUGGUUAUUUACCAAUGACUACGGUUUUUCUGGCCAGUGACAAGAUCACUCUGCUUUAGCAGGGCUCUGUAUUGAUUGAAGUGGAAGCUUCAGAAUUUCCUGGCCAUUUUGUCCCACACACCCCCUUCUCACCUUUUGUCCACAGGCAAAAGCCUGAAUGAGCGCCCAGCAUACUUUCCUUCUGGGGCAGAAGUUUUUCUCUCCCUUCAUCCCCCAGAGUUUGAUGACUCUUCAGUUGCUUCUAUGUGAUCACUGAAGAAAGCUACUGUCCACUGACACCUGCCCAGGAGCUGGGCUCAUAUUUGGUAUCCCAGUUUGAAGGGCUUUUGCCUCCCAGUGAAGAUGCCCAUGGUGUUUCUGUGAAGCGAAGGUAUGGCUGCUGGAAGGUUAUUGCUCUACGCUGGUCUCUCGUUAGCAUUGUGUGCUCUAGGCAUGCUGGCCGUGGCGAUCUGCUCUGACCACUGGUAUGAAACAGAUGCCAGGAAGCACAGGGAACGGUGCAAAAGCUUCACGACCCGGAGGAAUGAUCCCGGCUUCAUUUAUAAUUCCAACAAUAACCUGCCCCUCAGGGCCAGCAGGUCUAGGCUGGACCGUUGGGAAGGGAAACUUCUCUUGGCAAGAAAUAGGAGGCAGCUCUUUGCCAUGAGUGCCAUCGAUGAGUGCAACAGACAGUACAACUCUACUAACAUGGGACUGUGGAGGAAAUGCCACCGGCUGGGAUUUGACCAAGACUUGGAGGAGCUCAUUGCUAAAGGAGCAAUUGACCAGUGUUCAUACAUCAAGUACCACUACUCCUCAGCAACAAUUCCCAAGAACCUCACCUACAAUAUUACUAAGACCAUCCGCCAGGAUGAGUGGCAUGCCUUGCACUUGCGCAGAAUGACAGCUGGUUUCAUGGGCAUGGCUGUGGCCAUCAUCCUCUUCGGAUGGAUUAUUGGGGUGCUGGGCUGCUGCUGGGAUCGAGGCCUUAUGCAGUAUGUGGCAGGACUUCUUUUCCUCAUGGGAGGAACCUUCUGCAUCAUUUCACUGUGCACAUGCGUGGCUGGGAUCAACUUCGAGCUCUCCCGAUAUCCCCGGUACCUGUACGGACUUCCGGACGACAUCAGCCAUGGCUACGGCUGGUCCAUGUUUUGUGCAUGGGGGGGCCUGGGUCUGACUCUGAUCUCUGGCUUCUUCUGCACCUUGGCCCCUUCUGUCCAACCUGUCCCCAGGACCAACUGCCCCAAAUCGAGACCUGAGAAUGGGACAGUGUGCUAAAACAGAUACAAACAAACCUAUCAAUAUACAUAUUAUAAAUAUAUAUAUAUAUAUAUAUACACACAUACAUACAUACAUACAUAAACAUAUACUAUAUAGAGAUCUCAAAUGGAUGCCAGUGCCAAGGUGGAGUGGAGUCCAAUGCGGCACCUACAUCUCCUCUACAGACUUUGUAUCACUUUUGUUCUUUCUCCUGGAGGUGGAAACAGCUUUCCUGCACCAUUGCUCUUCCAUCUAGUUCUUAACAAAUCUUCAGCAUCCCAAUUCAAAAGCCAAGUGAACAUGUUGUUGCAUCUGUCUACUCCAGAUUGGGGGUGGGAUGCGGUAGGGAGUGGGAAAGGGAUGUCUUGGGGUAUGUGAUGCUAAGGUUUUUUUUAUAGGAAGCUGAAACGCACCAAUCUUGCCUGUUGCAAAUUCGGGAAAUACAAACCGAAAAGAAAUCAAACGUUUUGAGUUACCUCUUUAAAAUGUAACCUCCUCAAGGCCAUCUUCAGAAUCCCCCCUUCACUGCACACUCUCCUCUUUUUAAAACAAACAAAUCUUAGCUGUUAAUUUUGUCUGACUUACCAACAAAAGGGAAUGAAAUUGAACAUUUUUGUAAAUGCAGGAGGGGGGUCCCUUUCUUUGUUAAAUUUUAAACAAUAAUGCAAAUAUCCAGAAUCUUACAGAACAAAACUGUGAAGGAGGACACUUCAGCAGAUGCUCCAGUGAUGCUGCUUUCAACUUCCAGCUGCCUUACAUCCAGGCGUAACGGGGAGGGCUGAACUGCUGGCAGAAGCGCAGGAGAACGCUUUGCUAAAAUGCUGUGAUACCUGUGUGUAUGACUCCCCCCCUCCUUUUUUAUUUUAAAAAAGAAAAAUUCAAACAUUGCAAUGUGAUCAUCUACCAAGCCAUCCUCACUGUGUUUGUGACUCAAGGCAUCAAGACUUGUGGACGCAUGAGGAAAAUGUGUCUGUUCUGAGUCUCAUUGGCUGGAUUUUGUUCUGCGGGCAUUUCCCCCUCUGCCAUGGAACAGCAGGAGUUUCCACUCAUGGGCUGGAUGGAAGGAAUUGUGGGUAGUGUAGGGAGAGAGGAGAUAAGCCUUUGCGGUUGGUUGGCUGGUUGGUUGGGUGAUUGGGUGGGUUGGUUGGCUGAACUUUGGAGCAAUUGUGCAGGAGGAGUUUUGAUGGAGGUGUUGUUGCUGCCAUUUUGUCAAUUAUAGACAAUGGGGUAAAAGCCAUUGUGGAGGUGAGGUGGGGAAUUCUGAAUGGGUCAUGAGGGGUGGUGCCUCUCCUUAUGUUCAUGUACAUCAAAGUAAGACACUUCAUCCUUUGUCAUCAGAAGCUACCCUGUGUCAGCAAAUAUCUCCUUGGAAGAAAACCUCUCCACGCAUUUGGAGAGCAAGAGGUUGGAGGCCAAGAAUGAAAUCCAUAAGCUCAAAGCUUGUAUGAUGUGGUUGUGACUUUACAACUGGGACUCUCUCUCUCUCUCCUCCCCUGUUCUUCCUCCAUUUGUUUACUUUACUUCCUUUCCCUCUCUCUCUGCCUUGUUCCUCUCAUUGUUCAUGCCAAAGAUCUGGGAAAGCUAAUUUUCUGAAUGAUGUUCAGAUAACAUAGUAAACAGAGCAAUAUGACACCUGGGGAGGAGGGAGGGAGAGGAGGACCUGUGAUCUGAUUAGUCCUGGGCUUCCCAAACUGUGGUCUAUGGACCACCAGUGGUCUGAGAGCUUCAUUCAAGUGAUCCACAGCAUA